AUGAAGAAGCAUCAAGUAGUGGUUAGAAGAGGUAAAUCAGGCCGAAGCUCUGGCACAUCGAUCGUUAGGAAUAUUGUGCGUUAUGCAGAAUGCCAAAAGAACCAUGCGGCUAAUAUCGGAGGCUAUGCCGUGGAUGGAUGCAGGGAGUUCAUGGCAAGCGGAGAGGAGGGGACAAGCGACGCGCUUACAUGUGCUGCGUGUGGCUGCCAUCGGAAUUUCCACAGGAAAGAAGUGGAGGACGAGCUAUCCUCUGGUAACCUCUUUCAGUCGUUCUCAGGCAACUUUUCAGUCGUCCUUCGGCGACGUUCUGAUCGCCUCCUAGUGUACCUCCGGUGA